GAUUGGAGUAUAUGUCGGAAUACAUUGAAGAGACCAGUUGGACCAGCCAUAGGUUUCUUUUGUCAGUUUAUGAUAAUGCCAUUGGAAUAAGCCCGAGCGGAGGUGCUUCUAACAUUUGGACCGUAUUACUGGAUGGCAAUCUAAAUCUCUCCAUCACAAUGACCACUAUGUGUACCAUUGCUGCGUUUGGAAUGAUGCCAUUUUGGAUCUUUACAUUGGGCAGAUAUAUUUUUGAACGAGGAGAUCUUGUGGUCCCCUAUCGCCAGAUUGGCACCUUCCUCAUUGGUCUCGUGAUUCCACUAAUUAUAGGAUAUUUCAUUCAAAAGAAGCUUCCAAGAAUAUCGCGGAUAUUGGUCCGAAUAAUGAAACCUUUCUCUGUAAUUUUAAUACUAUUUAUCGUUAUAUUUGCCAUUGUCACCAAUUUGUAUCUUUUCAAAUUGUUUUCAUGGAAGAUCAUACUCGCAGGACUGGGCCUACCUUGGCUAGGAUUUUUGUUUGGCCUUGUAAUAGCGAAACUAUGUAAACAAUCUCAGGCUGACGUACGGGCAAUAGCUAUUGAAACUGGUGUUCAGAACACGGGCGUAGCUAUCUUUUUGUUACGUUUUACAUUAGAACCACCAUCGGAUGAUUUAACUACUGUGGUACCUGUAUCUACCGCAAUUAUGACGCCAAUACCAUUGAUGAUUUUGUACAUAAUAAAGUUGAUUUAUCAAUAUAGACAGAAAACAAAGGCUGGAGCUAGAUUGGAUCAUGUUCCGUCAUUAGAAAAACUCAAUAAAACUACCGAUAUUUCCACCAUUACUCAAACAAACAACUAAUUAACAAUGCACAAGAAUGAUUGCGUCUUACGUUGCGUUUCUCAGUGAUAUAUUUAUAAAUAUCAUAUAUGUAUAUAUAUGUAUUGAUGUUGAAAAUGUAUAGGCAAUAAGAAUGGAUGGCUGUAUAGAUAAGUAAUAUCUAUUGAACAAUUGUUUGAGAUCUGUAUUUUUUUAUGAUAUGUUGAUACUUAAUAGAGAUAUAUAUGUUAUGUAUUGUAUACAACAGACAUUUAUUUAUCUACAAAAAUGGUGCAACAGGGUUGUGUUUUAAACAAUAUAUUUUAUAUAUAUAUAUAAGUGUUUAAAAAUGCAUUUAUAAAUUAUAUUUUCGAAAGCUCCAAAUAUGAUGGU